UACAAAUUCUCAACUCGCUUUGGUUUAUUUUCAUUUUUGUGAUAAAAGAAACCAAACACACUGCUAAAGAACCAAAAGCCGCCUUCUUUCUUUUCCCAUCUUUUAUAUUUUUCUCUGACUCCACAAAAUCACAUCACUCUCUCACUUCUUACUUGCGUUAAUUCCUCAUCUGGGUUCUCUUAUUUCUCUCAAUCAUCAACUGGGUUCAUUCUUUUCUCCUACAAUUCAUCACAGGAAAGAGAACUCAUUCAACUUGAUCAGUCUAUGGAAGGCCUCAACCCCACGACCUAUAAGUAACCAUUGAUUCAGAUUUGAAAUGAUGGAUUGGUGUCUUAAGAGUGGUGGCGGUGGUGCUGCUGUUGCUGCUGAUGAGUGUAUGGUUCCAAUUCAGAAAGGUAGAAGGAUAUUGCCAGACAGACUUCCAUCACCUGAUAGUUGGCCAGAAUGGGGAAGAGUAGGUGAGUUCGAAAGCUUUCAAACACAUCACAAAGAUGGUGCUUAUGAUCAAAAAUUAUUUGCUGAAGAACAUUGCUUCAAUGGAACAGCUCAUCAUGAGAUGGAAGAAGAUAGUUAUUAUGAUAAGUAUCAAUCUAGUUGUCCUACUAACCAUCAGCUUGGCCUGGCAGGAUCCGCCCAGACAGAUGACAUUUUCUUUUCUUACUUGCUUGAUGAUUUUUCUGGGAUGGAAAAUAUUGACAGAUCCUACUGUUUAUCGCCUAAAUCUCAAUGUGAUGGGAUGGUGUUCAAUAGUAACCCCUUGAAAGGCAUGACUUCAGAUUCUCAAAAUACUUCAAGUGAUUUUCCAAGUCUGCGCCCAACAUAUCUUUCAACAAUUGACAUUGAUGAUUCCACUGCCUCAAUGUUUGUCCCACGCAAUUUGCAGAAAAAUGAUUUCCCACCCGUUCAGGCAACGAGGAUGGAUUUCUCAGUCAAUUCUGAGAGUAGCAGCAUGAGUAGAUACACUGAUGAAGAGCCGUCUCUUGAAGAAACUGUACUGCAGGGGCUUCAAUCAGUGACGAAACAGCUCACAGAAAAGACACGACUUUCCCUCCGUGAUGCACUGUACCGCCUUGCAAGAAGCUCAGAACAACGUCCCAUGAGACAGAACCAAGAUGGAGACCUAUGUGUGGAAAAUAAUCCUUUGUGGAACUCUGACAUGGAAACAAGGUGUGGAACAAAGAAAGCAACAGAGACAGAGACCAACAUCAUUGACAGGGCUAUUGCAAACCUGAUGUUCAACAAAACCGAGUUGAACUACGAAGAUCUUACUGGUGCAGCAUCAUCAAGCUCCAAAGAUGAGAUUGAGCAGUCGCCAUCCGAGUACCAGUCAUACACAUCUCAAGCUCAGCAGCAGCAGCUGCAGCAUUCAAAUGUACUGGAUGAUGCUGACUUUGGUCAAAUGUAUGCUAGUGCGAUGGAAAUGGAAAGCUUGAGUUGCGAUUUUUCUGGAAAUGGUGUUUGAGUUUGAAUCAUUGUAAUGAUAAUGAUGGUGAAUCACUGUUUUGAUGAUGAUGGAUUUCAAGUGGCAUGUGAAUGCUUUUUGUUAUUUUUUUUGUUUGUAAAUAAUAAUAUCUUUAGUAGCUAGGGCAAGAUUUAGAUACAAACUUGCCGUGUCUGUUCCGCACAGUUUUGAUCCUGAAUCCAAUUUUUUAGUUAAUUAAAAACACCA